UGAUAACAAGUGAAUUUGCAACUACUUCUAGACGAGGGGCAAUGAUGGCAUCCGUGUUUGCGAUGCAAGGUUUUGGAAUUCUAUCAGCAGGGAUUUUUGCAGUCGUAGUAUUAUCAUUUUACAAACAAGCAAUAAAUGAGGAUAAAAGUAAUGUAGAUUAUGUAUGGCGUAUAGUUACUGGUCUUGGCAUUAUCCCAGCCUUUAUCGGGCUGUAUUUUCGUCUGACUAUACCAGAAUCACCACGUUUCACAAUUGAUAUUGAAGGAAACGUAGGAAAAGCAGCAAACGAUAUUAUGGUGGUCACAAGAAAAGCUUCCGUUGCCGGAGAAUAUAAAGAUAAUCCGAACCUGUGCACGAAACCACCAGCCAAUAGUUGGCAAGACUUUAAAGAGUAUUUUGGGCAAUGGAAAAACGCGAAAGUUUUAAUUGGGACAAGCAUGUCUUGGUUUGUGUUGGAUAUUGCAUUUUAUGGAAUUGGAUUGAAUAAUGGCAUUAUUUUGAACGCUAUCGGAUUCGCAAAAAGUUCUGAUCCAUUUACAUCACUAUGGAAUAUGACAGUUGGAAACAUCAUAAUUACUAUGCUUGGUACUGUACCUGGUUACUGGUUCACUGUAUUUUUUAUUGAUACUUUGGGAAGAAAAUUUAUCCAAGCAAUGGGAUUUGCGAUUUUGACGUUCUUCCAAAAUUUCGGGCCAAAUUCGACGACAUUUAUAGUUCCUGGAGAAGUGUUUCCGACCCGUUAUCGGUCAACAGGCCACGGUAUUGCGGCAGCAUCUGGAAAACUUGGCGCAAUAAUCGCACAAGUUGGAUUCUUAACGCUUAAGGAUAUUGGUGGACCAAAUAUGUGGGUUAAUCGACUCAUACAAAUAUUCGCGGGAUUUAUGUUCCUCGGAUUCCUGUUCACAUUAUUAAUCCCGGAAACGAAAAAGAAAUCACUCGAAGAAUUAUCGAAUGAAAAUCAAAAAGAUUUCUUGAAGGGUAGACGAACGAUUGAACAGGAAGAAUGCAAUGAAGUAAUGAUGAUGUAUAGACCGCGACAAAUGAAAAUGCAUUAUAUGGACGAAGAUGACUUUUAUAACAAGACUGUUACCGUAGAGAAAUCACCAACAUCUACCAAUUCAGCGACAACCUAUGUGCCAGAACAACUGGAUUCGAGUCUGAAGUCUCGAAUUUAUAGUAAUACCAACCAAAAGUCAUACUUUUAG